AAUUAACAACAAAAGUGAUUACUGUAUAUUAAAUAAAGUUUUUUAUAUAAAAUUAUAUUUUAUUUCCUAAAAUAAUUAUAUUAUUAUUUCAAAAUGAAGUUUAUACAUGCUUUACAUUUGCAAAAGUGGUUACAAGUAGUCGAAAAUUGAAUGGACAGGUAGUUGUGGUGACCGGCGGUAACACUGGUAUUGGAAAGGAGACGGCAUUUCAAUUAUCAUUACGAGAAGCAAAGGUAUACAUCGGAUGUCGAGACGUAAAGAAAGGAGAAAAUGCUGUCAAUUAUAUUCAAUCAAUGAAUCCAAAGGCAGACAUAAAACUAUUAAAACUUGAUUUGUCUUCACUUCAAUCGGUCCGCCAUUUCGCCAAAGAGUUGUCUCAAUUGGAGUCCAAAGUGGAUAUUCUUAUCAAUAACGCCGGUGUUUAUGGUUGUCCUGAAUGGCAGACCACCGAUGGCUUUGAGAUGCAAAUGGGAACCAAUCAUUUGGGUCAUUUCUUAUUAACACUGCAUUUGUUACCACUCCUGAAAAAGUCAUCGUCGGCUCGAGUGGUAACAGUGUCGUCGUGUAUGCAUUUGUUGGGAGACAUUAAUAUCGAGAACAUACACCUCAGGAACGGUACUUAUGAACCGGUGAAGGCCUACUCCAACAGCAAACUUGCAAAUGUCUUAUUCAGCCGCGAAUUAGCUAAAAGACUCGACAAAACUAAUAUUAACACGUAUAGUCUACAUCCCGGUGUCAUUCAGACAGACAUUCAAAGACACUCUAAAUCUGGUGAUAAAGCAAAUGUGGGAAUAGUGGACAGGUAUUUCUCACUCACUCCAAGUAUGGGAUCCCAGACCACACUCUACUGUGCAUUGGAUGAGAGUUUGGACAAUGAGUCCGGUUUUUACUACGAUAACUGUCGUCGUGUGGAUCGUAUGGUUGCUGAGGCCAGGGAUGACUCGAUGGCCCGUCAGCUAUGGGAUCUGAGUUGCGAUUUAGUAAAACUCGAGGAUCACCUCAAGAUUUAG